AUGUCAGGAUGCGCGUUGGAGCGGUCCGUGGGCGGUCCACCGCAAACCGUUGCUAUUGAGAAGCACACCGGGGGUCGUCGUCUGGCGGCUGGCGUCGGGGAGUCCGCUUUGCUCGUUGAAGUCGAAAGAGAAGCCGACAAUAGAGACGCGGACUACCAACCACCAUUGGAACUUGAAGAAGACGAAAAAUCGUCGGAAGAAUCCGAUGAUGUAGAAUGCGCACGUACAAGUACGCAGCAACUCAAGCGCAAACUCAGCGGCACACCCACUGCGACUGGUACCCCUGCUGUGGGUGUAAUAGAAGAGCAAGCCGGCGUUGAAGUAGGAAGCGCGAAGAAAAGAUCCCGAACGAGCGUAUGGCGCGACCGGAAAGGUAAAACGAGGAAGGCACGCGCGAUGAAUAUGCAACCUAGCGUUGCCUCGUUGUUCAAAACACUGCCUUGUAAUAAACACACCACUAUCAACGUGGAUGUGAUGGCUCUUAGGGAAGAAAGCGAGGAAUCUAGCGGAGGAGAGACCGAAGACACUACAGCAUCCGAGCAUAACGUAUGGGCGUUGGCUUCGCCCACCCUCGUCAUGAACACAUGCAAUGCAAGUUGCCAAAUCAAACCGUCUACCGCCUCGGCAGUCGCGGGCCCUGCCGUUACUGUACUGGACUUUAAAGCAUGA